AUGCGUCCCUUCCUAGUCUCCCUUUUAUCCACACUUGUGGUCGCUUCCGAUGUCAUUGAUAUUCCAUCCGACAUCCCGAAGCGGGUGCUGAAACCCGAUAUAUACGGCUAUUCCAUCGAGCCAUCGUCUGCAGCUCCAUAUAUCAAAAACAAUCUCACCUCAAACUUGAUGACAGCCAUUGCCAAGAUCAUCGGAGUACCAGCAUCAAUUCGAGUUGGGGGAAACAUCGCUGACCAGACCCUCUUUGAGGCUGGUUUGAAAUCCUCCUCAGUUGCUGUGCCCAAUGACACAGUCGUGGAUACGUUUCGAAUUCGCAAAGAUUGGUUUCGAGGCUGGGGAGAGUAUUUUCCACUAGAAACCAAAUUCAUCUAUACACUGAACCUGCGCAACGAGAGCGGCUCAUGGAUGAAUGCUAUGAAAGAGGCCGAAGCCGCUAUCGACGUGCUGGGCGCGUCGCUGUCCCGAUUCGAACUGGGAAACGAGAUCGACCAUUACAUCAACAAGGGCUGGCGGAAACCCGGAUGGGGUACAAAAGAGUACACCCAGCAAUGGCAUCGCCUUACGCGCCAGAUCCUGUCGUCUGCCUCCUACAAAAAUGCUAAACACAAGCCUCACUUCCAAGCGGCGGUGUUUGCCGAUCCUCCCUGGGUCCCGGAUCAGCAUGACGAGGUAGACGACUUUGAUAUUAUCAAUGUGACUCGUGCUGGACUGGUUGAUCCGAAGAUCAUCGACUCCUACGCCGUACACCUCUAUCCGCAAUCGACCUGCGAUGCAGCCCGCGAGAGCCGCCUUUCUCUCAAUCUGCUAUCCAACCAUGAGGUGGUCUGGAAAAAUCUCUCUCAAUUUAUUCCCCAAGAGGCUGCAGCCCGCAAUGCUGGUAGUCCACUCGUCCUCGGCGAAACUAAUUCCGCCUCCUGCAGUGGAAGAAGUGGCAUUAGUGACACUUUCGGCGCUGCAUUGUGGGCAACCGACUAUGUUCUCACCGCAGCCAGCAUCGGGAUCGAGGAGGUGUAUUUCCAUCUCGGCCACCAGAGCGAAUAUUCCGCGAUUACGCCUCUACGGUACAAAUACGAAGGGGAGCAAUUGACUGCCGGGGUUAGGGCCAAUUUCUACUCGCAUUUGUUCCUCGCCUUUGUCGUUGCUGGCAACAGCGGCCAGUCUCAAAAGAUCAGUGCGUUGCCUGCUGCAAACACAUCUGACUUCAGCGGGUAUGCGGUAUUCAGUGGCAGCAAGGAGUCGGACCUCGAGAAGCUUGUGUUCAUCGACCUCGCGGUCUGGAAUUCAACCAAGGGGCUCCAUAAUCCCUCAACCCUGUCGUCCACGGACUCAGAUGCUGUCUCAUCUGGCCAUAGACCACAGCGCAAUGGUAUUGUGGAGUGUGAGAUUCUUCGCGCGGAGGCAGUACUCAUACAGAAAGCGUGA